AUGUGUGGUGCUCUUCCACCCUAUAAUGACCUACCAAGAUGGAACAAUCGCAUCAUUUCAAACCUCCUCUACUAUCAAACUAACUACUUUGUCGUCUUUGGAGUGCUAUUUAUUUUACAGAGUUUCUUCAAUUCACAGAUUUGGAAUUUUGCUUUGCAGGACUUAGCACUUGGUUUGUCUGCUAUAGUAGUGGUUGCAGCUGUAGUCAGCUUUGCAAUUACGGAUAAUCC